CUCAGAGAAACUUAUACAGAGAUGCGAUGCUGAAGAACUACAAGAAUCUAAUUCCAUUUGAGCAGGGAACCAGCCACGUAGACCUAGUCUGACUUUUCAUGUGGUACAAGAAGAGCUGAGGACAAUGGAGAAAGUUCUCCAAGCUCUGUUUGCUUAGGACCAUGUCCAGCUAGGGCAGAAAUAUCCAAGAGAGAGAAUGGCUGCAGGAUUGCUACCAGCUUGGUCACAGAAUUCAGUGACCUUCCAGGAAGUGGCAGUGGACUUCUCUCAGGAAGAGUGGGCAUUGCUGGACCCUGCUCAAAAAAUUUUAUACAGAGAUGUGAUGCUGGAGAACUUUAGGAACCUGGCCUCAGUGGGGUAUCAGCUCUGCAAACAUAGUCUCAUCUCCGAGGUAGAACAAGAAGAGCUGAGGACAGAGGAGAAAGGAAUAUUCCAAAGCACCUUUGAAGAUAAUGCCACGUCUUAUUUUCUCAAACUUCCAGAAUCCUUGCCAAACUGGGAAACUCAACUAAAAGAUUCAAUUCCUGUGCAGAAUGUUCCUGGGAAUACAACAUCCAAUGGCAUAAAAAUGGUACCAACCCAACCUGGCAAGAAACCUAUAGAAAGAUUCUUCAGAAGGAACCCUUACCUUAUUUGUAUCAGUCAUUGCAAGGAAGAGAAAUGCUAUAAAUAUAAAGAAUACGGCAAAUGCUUCAAACAUCCCUCAACUACUAAAAGUCAUGUGAGUAUGCACACUGCAGAGAAAAUUUUAGAAUGUAAGGAUUGUGGGAAAGUUUUCAAUCAGGAGUCAUGCCUUAGAAAACACUUAAGAACUCUCACAGGAGAGAAGGCUUACAAGUGUAAUCAGUGUGGUGUAUCCUUCAGCCUUCACUUUUCCUUCUCAGGAUGUGAGCAAAUACAUACUGGAGAGAAAUUCUAUGAACGCACUGACUGUAGAACAAAGUCUUCCCUUAGUGUUCAUAAAAAAAUACAAACUGUGGAGGAGAGCUUGGAAUGUAACAAAUAUGGGAGAGCUUUCACUGACCCUUUGUCCCUUCAGAAAUGUGUCAGAACUCACACUAAAGAGAAACUCUAUGAGUGCAGUGACUGUGGAAAAGCCUUCAUUUUUCAGUCCUCCCUGAAGAAACAUAUGAGAUCCCACACUGGAGAGAAACCUUACGAGUGUAAUCAUUGUGGGAAAUCUUUCAGCCAGAGCUCUCAUCUCAAUGUGCACAAAAGAACUCACACUGGAGAGAAACCCUAUGAUUGUAAGGAGUGUGGGAAGGCCUUCACUGUUCCUUCAUCCCUUCAGAAACAUGUGAGAACCCACACUGGAGAGAAACCUUAUGAAUGCACUGACUGUGGAAAAGCUUUCAUUGAUCAGUCAUCCCUUAAGAAACACACACGGUCUCACACUGGAGAAAAACCAUAUGAGUGUAAUCAGUGUGGAAAAUCCUUCAGCACAGGCUCUUAUCUUAUUGUGCACAGAAGAACUCACACUGGAGAGAAAACCUAUGAGUGUAAAGAAUGCGGGAAGGCCUUUAGGAAUUCCUCUUGCCUGAGGGUACAUGUGAGAACACACACUGGAGAGAAGCCCUAUAAAUGCAUGCAGUGUGGGAAAGCCUUCAGCACAAGCACUAACCUUAUAAUGCACAAGCGAAUACAUACAGGACAGAAAGUCUGUGAAUGAAAUGACUUUUGAGGAGGUUAUGUUGUCCUGCAUGUCUCAUUCCUCAUUCUAGAACUCACACUGGAGAGAAAUUGUAUUGUAAACCAUGUGGAAAAAGUAUUGAGGCACAAUUCUUAGUUCUUAUCAGUAAUGACUGUUUCAUCCUUAAAGUGCCAUAACUCAUUAAUUUAUAAUAAGCAUUGAAGACAAUAUAUCAGUAAACUGCUUGACUCAAAAAACACCACAAGUUUUGAUAAUGUAAUAUUAUAAGUUAGUAUUAAAUAAUGUCUGAUUCCUACCAAGAUAUUUUAGACCCACAGAUAAGUUAGAAGUGAGUUUAUUAAUAGGCAGAUCUUAUGUAUAUUUUAGUUAACUUUAUUUUAACUCAUUUUGGACAGAAUGCAUAGUCUUAAUGAUAUAGGUAAAUGUAAAAAGUUGGUAGAAACUUGCUGUGUGGUGUACGUAGCUGAUAGAACUAGUUACUGUCCCAGUAUUCAUUCUCUGCCCCUUUGUUCCUUAAAAUAAAAAUCUCACAAUUUUGUUUGUGAGAUUUGGCAAUUUCACAAUUUGGCAAUAUUUAAACAGUGUUUAAGCACUCAUUUCCCAACUUACCUUGCAACGAUAUGAUUGGCCAAAUGUAUCCACAGUCCUUAAAACGAGAAGACAGAUGUCACUGAAUGUGGCUUCUAAGGAAUCUCAUGGAAAUAGGAACAUCUCAUUUAGCAUUUUCUUAUCACCAUUGGCCCUUUCUCUUAUGCUUUCUUUUUUCCUAAGAAAUACAUCAUCAAGAGGAUAAAAGUUACUAGAUAUUAAUGACACAACAGAGGAUACAUAAUAUCUACCUGCACCAAUCCUGAACUGCUUAUCUCUAAAUUUCAUGUUAUAUGAGAAAAUAAACUCCUAACUGUUUAAACUACUCUUUUUUACCAGGGAUUGAACUCAGGGACUCUGAGACAUAUCCCCAACCCUGAUUUGUAUUUUUUAUUUAGAGACAGGGUCACACUGAGUUGCUUAGCACCUCACUUUUGCUGAGGCUGGCUUUGAACUUGGCAAUCCUCCUGCCUCCACCUCCCAUGUUAUUGGGAUUACAGGCAUGCACCAUUGCACCCAGCUAAACUACUCUUGUGAGACGUUUCACUUAUAACUGAUUUCAGUUCCAGCUGUUUUAGCUGAUGUGUAUUCAAGUUUUAUGAAUCCUUCAUGUAUGAUUGAAACCUAUGUUUUCUAAUUGUUGAAUAUAACAGGCUAUCUAUCCAUGUAUCCAUUGGGUAAUUUUUUUUUAAUUUGUAUAAUUACAAACCAUCUCUUGAUCUGUCAAUUAUUGAGAAAUAUGCUACAGUGUCACACCAUAACUGAAUUGUCAAAUGAUUUGUUUUUAAAGAAUUGUCUCCUUUCUUUUACUUUCAGGCACCAUAAUAGGAUGGCAUAUAAAUUUACUGAUUUUA